UGAAUACCGGAAACCGCAUGCGCUAAGCGGAGAUUUGUACGACUGCGGUGUUGGUAUGGGUAGGAGGAGAGCUCCAGGUGGUGGGUCUCUGGGACGGACCCUUAUUCGCCAUCAGACCCAGCGAAGCAGUCGCCACCGCCACACUGAUUCCUGGUUGCAUACAAGUGAACUCAAUGACGGCUAUGAUUGGGGUCGUCUCAAUCUUCAGUCAGUGACUGAACAGAGCUCCCUUGAUGACUUCCUUGCAACUGCAGAACUUGCAGGAACAGAGUUCACAGCUGAGAAACUUAACAUUAAGUUUGUGCUGCCUGAGGCUAGAACUGGACUUUUAUCUUUUGAAGAGAGCCAGAGAAUUAAGAAGCUCCAUGAAGAAAACAAACAAUUCUUAUGUAUACCAAGGAGACCAAAGUGGAACAAAAAUACUAGCCCAGAAGAACUCAAACAGGCAGAGAAAGAUAACUUUCUACAAUGGAGACGUCAGCUUGUCCGGCUAGAAGAGGAACAAAAACUGCUAUUGACUCCAUUUGAGCGAAAUUUGGACUUUUGGCGCCAGCUCUGGAGAGUCAUUGAGAGAAGUGAUUGGACCAUCUCAUGUUUGUUUUUCAGCGAUAUUGUGGUCCAGAUAGUAGAUGCUCGAAACCCCCUCCUAUUUAGAUGUGAGGAUUUGGAAUGUUAUGUGAAAGAAAUUGAUGCCAGUAAGGAGAACAUUAUUCUGAUCAACAAGGCAGACCUAUUGACUGCUGAGCAGCGGAGUGCCUGGGCCACGUACUUUGAAAAAGAAGAUGUCAAGGUUAUUUUCUGGUCAGCUUUGGCUGGAGCUGUUCAGCUGAGUGAUGACCCUGAGGAACAAGUAAACAGAGAUGAUGGAGAAGUCAACACAACCGAGUCUGAAAACUCCAGUUGUGAUGAGUCUGAAAUUCCACCCACGGAGACCGGAAGUCUCCUGGGCAGGGAUUCUCUCUCACUUAGCAAAGGUUCCACUACAGAUGAAGACGACGCUGAGUAUGAGGACUGUCAGGAGGAAGAGGAGGAGGAUUGGCAGACAUGUUCAGAAGAAGACAGUGUCCAUGGUGAAGAGGCCUGGGGCCAGAACUGGAAGAAAAACUAUGCAGCAGAUUCUGCGGCUCAGGCCAGCAGAGCCCCACAGAAGAGGCAGAUACGCAAUUUUAGCCACCUGGUGUCAAAGCAGGAAUUACUGGAGCUCUUUAAGCAUCUACACACUGGGAAGAAGGUGAAAGGUGGCCAACUUACUGUUGGGCUGGUGGGCUACCCCAAUGUUGGUAAGAGCUCAACAAUCAACACCAUCAUGGGCAACAAGAAGGUGUCUGUAUCUGCCACCCCUGGGCACACAAAGCAUUUUCAGACUCUGUAUGUGGAGCCUGGCCUCUGCCUAUGUGACUGCCCCGGCCUGGUAAUGCCGUCUUUUGUGUCUACCAAGGCGGAAAUGACUUGCAGUGGAAUCCUCCCAAUUGACCAGAUGAGAGAUCACGUCCCACCUGUAUCUCUGAUUUGCCAGAAUAUUCCAAGACACGUUUUAGAAGCUACCUAUGGUAUUAAUAUCAUAAAGCCUAGAGAGGAUGACGACCCCCAUCGACCUCCAACAUCAGAAGAACUGUUGACCGCCUACGGAUAUAUGCGAGGAUUCAUGACAGCGCACGGACAGCCAGACCAACCUCGAUCUGCACGCUACAUCUUGAAAGAUUAUGUCAAUGGUAAGCUGCUGUAUUGUCAUCCGCCUCCUGGAAGGGAUCCUGUGACCUUUCAGCAUCAACACCAGAGACUCCUAGAGAACGAGACAAAUGGUGAUGACAUAAAAAUGCAGCCCAGUGGAAAUAAAAAAGCAAAGCAGAUUGAAAAUGUAGUUGACAAAACUUUUUUCCAUCAAGAGAAUGUGAGAGCUUUGACCAAAGGAAUCCAGGCUGUGAUGGGUUACAAGCCUGGGAGUGGCAUGGUGGCUGCAGCUACUGGGAGUUCUGAGAAUGUGGCUGGGAAGCCCUGGAAAAAACAUGGCAACAAAAAUAAAAAAGAGAAAAGUCGUAGACUAUAUAAGCACCUGGAUAUGUGAACUUGGACUGCAACGGAAAUGGCCUUUGCACCGUGCAAAUGGAAAAUAACAGAAGCAGCCGGUGCCUAUGGAAAUUUCUAGGACACUGGCUCUAGAGUGGACCCUGCAUAUUUUUUUUUUUUUUUUUUGCAGUUUUGGCCGGGGCCAGGCUUGAACCCACCACCCCCAGUAUAUGGGGCCAGCGCCCUACUCCUUGAGCCACAGGCACCACCCCAGACCCUGCUCUUGUAGAGCACAGCUGUCCCAACAGACCUGAUGUCAAGGCUGAGACUCCCCAGCUCUGACUGAAGGUAGUCACCUGGGAGCCCCAGAAAACUCCUACAGAAGGCUAAAUUUCAGUAAUCAGUGAUGUAUAUUUAUGUAAACAUAUUCACAAAUGCAUACAAUUUGUAAGUCAGGAAUAUUUUUUGAAAGGUAUUAAAAUUAA